AUUUAGGGUUAGGGCAGAGGUGGAAGGAGCUGGGCAUGGGAAGAGGAAUUAGUCUCCCUGUAGCGUAUGGUAGACUGAUCGGGGAAGGGCAGUGUAGCACACAGGAGGCGGCGCAGCACAGCAAGCAGGAGGAAUGGAUUUGGGAGUACGCGCUCAAGAACUGCCAGGAUUUCUCCAUCGCCACGCGCUUGCUGGAAGCGAUCCCCAUCCCCGACACUCCAUUCAUCAAGAAGCUGGCGAUUCUCAAGCUGCUGUCGCUGGACGUGGAGGCCGGGUGCUACGCCGAGAGGGAUUUGUUCGCGCUGCAAGGCCUGGAGCGGCUGGCUAGAGACGAGACUAGGAAGGGGCCGGAAGAAGAAGACGAGGAGGAGGAAAAUGUGGGAGUGGUGGAUCGAGAAGAAGGGCAGCAAGGUGGCGACGAGAAAACGAGGAGGCGAUGGCGGAGGCGUGAGAUGGAUUCUAUGUGGUCGAAGGUGGGUGUUCUCGUCAAGGCGGAGCUUGCUUUGCAGCACUUGAGAGACGGGAAAGAGGACUGGGAGGGUUUUACCGACGCUCUGGACAGGCACUGGGGAGAUGUGGUCCAGGACACCGAGGAGCCCGACUUUUGCCAAGGGAACAACAUCAAGUGUGAUCUCUGGAGCCUCAAGGCCAACCACAGGCUUUCGAAGUUUAUCCUGGCAGAGAACAAGAGGGAGACUGUGGAUGAGCUUGUGAAGCGGUUCUUGGCUCUCGCGUGGGAAGAUGUUGGCCAGGUUUUGCUGGAAAAGGUGGACGAGGAUAUCGCCAAUGGACGGUACGUGCCUGGUGGAGAGAAGCGUCCCCGGGAGUGUGAGGAUAACAACGAUGGUGGUGCUGAUCCAAAGAAGAAGCGAGUGAGGAAGACGCUGCUCGCAAGCUUGGAUGGAGAAGAAGCAGAUAUGAGUCGUCCUCCAUGGAGUGGCGAAUCUGAGAGACCAGUUACGCGAAAGCUAAGACGACGGUGCUACGAGUCAGAGGCUUUGCAGACUCCGGCCGUAGAUAAAGCUGUGAACGAGCUAAAAUCCAGUCGGUAUAAUCUCAGGAAGCAAGUUCGCGAUCCUCUUCCAGAGGCGGUCGAGGUUGCACGGAGCUUAAGAGAAGAUACGAGCACAGCGAAUGGGUUCUUGAACCAGCAGGGUCGGCCAGAUCAACAGCAGCAGGAAGCUCAUCCUGAUGAGCCACCCCAGCCAAGUGGAAGUGGGAAUCGACAGGAAGAGAGAGCUCAACUGGAUGCAAACCUUACUUCGAAGCAGCAAGAGCAACAAGCACAAGCUCUUGGAAAUGCGGCUGGCAAAGGGAAAAUGAGCAUGAUGGAACGAAACCAUACCGCUCGAACUCGUGAGUGGAACGACGACGACGAUGACAUUGAGGAGGACACCUCCCCGUCGGCUUCUAGGCGCGUAAAUCUUCCCAGUAGCAGCACAAAGGCACCCUCGCCUUUGCAAAAAAUCGAACCAAAAGUCUCUUUGCUUCGGAGAAGGAAAAUCAAGCGGUGGACGGCACGAGAGGAAGAAGCACUUCGGAAAGGAGUGGAAAUCUUUGGGAAAGGUCGCUGGAAGGCCAUCUUGCAGAGCAACCUGGACGUAUUUGACAAUAGGACUGAGGUUGAUCUUAAAGAUAAGUGGAGAAACAUAGAAAAAGCUGAAGGAAUCAAGAGAGAUUGAGGGAUAGUUUGAAAGCAUGUACCAAUUCUUGUAAAGUUCCAAGUUUUCAUGGUAUAAAGAGAUUCCAAACCUUGAGUU